AUGUGUUUUGUCUCGAUUCUUUCAGUUUUCCAACCCAUUGAACUUUCGUCUAAGCAAUGGAUAUUCAUAACGAUCUCUCAAUGUCGCAUAAAGGUAAGAUUUUGUUUUGAUAAGAAAUUAAUCGGUGAUCGAUCACCGCAGGUCAUUCAGGAGUUAACCAACUUGGAGGUUUAUUCGUCAAUGGCCGACCCCUACCUGAUAGUAUCCGAACACGUAUUGUCGAGCUUGCUCACAGUGGCAUGCGUCCCUGUGACAUUAGCCGAUAUCUACAAGUAUCCAAUGGAUGUGUUUCAAAAAUCUUAG